AUGUGCUCAUACAGUCGUCGACAUUUGCAUCGCCCAGCGCACAGGAAUUGGUGGAUUUGGCAUAGGCACGUGCCGUUUUGGAGAUUCGCAGACCUGGCAGCUGCGGCCCGGGGAUUUGCCAAGGUGGUCUCCACGGAGCGGCUGUCUUUCGAGGAGGUCAAGGCACGUGCCGGCGUGAUUGAGAAGGAGGCGCAUGCAAAGGAUAUCUCAAACAUUGGCCCUGCCAACUUGGCUUGGAGACUUGGGCGCUCAGACAGCACGUGGGGAUCCCCUUCGGAAGACACUGCCGGCACCGCGACCCCUUCUCUUCACAGUGGGGCCUCGCAGGCAACCUCCAACUUGGCCUGGAGCCGCGGGAGCCACGGCGUGGUGCGCGAGGUGCCGCUGCAGGCCGCUUCGUCGCUCGGCGACUUCCAGGAGCUCAAAGCCCAGCAUCCGGCCAACGCUGCACAGAACCUCGGGCAGCUUCAAGCCAUCAGCGAACCUUCCACGGCCGCCACCGGAGCGGAGGCGACAUGCCGAACGGGCGGACCCAAGCUGCAGGAGCUCGCGGCUGCGGCGUGGAACCUUGGGGCCACGAAGUGCCGCGGCGACCCAUCGCCGUCAGCUACAGCCGACGCCGGGCUGCGAGCCGAGGAGCCUCGGAAAGCCCAGGAGGCGUCGAACCUGCUGCGAGAUCCCGGUACAGCUCAGGCCGUGCAGACACCCGUCUCGAAUGUUCUCAUGGAGGCGGCCUGUCUGACAACCGAGCUCUCAGCACAGGGCCUUGCGAACGCAGCGCAAUCCACGGGCACUCCGGCAUCAGAGCAUGACCCAGCGACGAGGGUAGCAGGAGCCAGAGCCGUGGAAGAGAUCAGCGAGCUUUCCUUGCAGGGGCUGUCCAACAGUGCGCGGACUCCUGGAACUGCAGCAGCCUUUGAUAUGCGGUUGCCGGAAGCUGCCGCAACUCGUUUUCGCAGCUUGCCUGCCCGCGACUGGGAUCCUGGUGCUCGAGAGAGGCACGACCAGCUACUCGGUCUCGUUUCUGCAUUGGCUCUCUCCACGCAAGGUGCCGAGGAGCUCCCUCCCUUGGUGGAGGUCGCCACUCGCACUGAGGAGCUUCUGAGUCGGCGUGCCCAGGAGAUGGAUGCCAAAGAUUCACCAGCGACGUCGCCGGACUUAGACGAUUUCAGGCCCAGAGCCGGCGAGAGGCCCGGCAACCGCCCCUGCAUCCUGCUGGAGGGACGGGAAGCAUGCGUCUUGUGGAAGCCGCCUGGCUGGACGGUGUCCGUGGGAAGCUUCGAUGAAGACGAGGAGGAGAGAGCCUGGCGAAGCGGCGGAAAGGCAGGCAAACUGCUGCAGGCCUGGGUGAUGGACAACCUGGGACCUCACUGGCCCAUUGCCCGCGAUGAGAAAGCCGAGUUUGGCUUGGUGCACCGCCUGGAUCGGGACACGUCGGGCCCCAUACUCUGCGCAAAAACCUACCGGGGAUUUCAUGGUCUUCAACUUUGCCUUGUUCGUUUCCAGCUGCGCAAGGACUAUGUUUGCCUCUGCGAAGGCUUUCUGUCAGCGCCGCGCCUGCUAGAUGCGAAACUCCGCGUCGAGGGCUCGGGGAGAUCCCUCCGCAGCGUCGUUGCGCCGAGGGGCCGCGGGCAGCGCGCCGUCCUGGAAAUCCUGCAGGCCUCGCAUUUUUUGACCGAAAACUCUGAAGCCGUGAGCCUGGUACGGAUCCGCUUGCGCACUGGUCGAAUGCACCAAAUCCGCGCACAGCUGAGCAGCCUCGGUCACCCCCUGCUGGGAGAUGUCCUCUACGGAACACCCCGUGCUUGGCUGCCCCGGAUCUUCUUGCAUGCCGCGUCUGUCGGCAUCAGUGUACAUGGGUUGCACGGCGAGCCCUUUCAAGUGGACUGCGUGCUUCCACCGGACCUGCAGCAAGCGCUGGUGCGCUGUGUACCACUGGACAGCUGGAGCUGCCAGAGCCGCAAGGGCCGCAAGCCGUCUUCUCAAGAGGCGUUUCUGCCCGAAGCCUACAGACCCGUGCUUCAGGACCGGGCGGAGCGGAGCCGCAUCUUCGAGGUGCGCUACUUGAUGGCCAAUCGCGAUUCAUUCCUGGCCACGGGACGCAUGCGAAGGCCAGAGGAGCUCAACUUGCAUGCCUGCUUUCUUCCGGGGCUUUGCUUGCACUCUGUACGCGAUUGCAGGCCGCAGACUGAGAUGUGCCUGGCCGAUCCGACCUGUGCAAUGACACUGGUCCGUGGAUGCCUCCUUGUGCUCAUCGGGGCUUCCGUCGAACAACUUCGCCAGUACUGUGCCCGUGAUGGCAUUCCUUCCUGCACACAGAUAACACACCUUUACCAGCAAGUUGCGAAGGGCAUGGCGACCAUGUUGGUGUUGACAUUGACGGUUUGCAUUCAUGAUCCCGUCGAGCCACACGGCACUCUGUCCUUGGCCAUGUUGUGGAAUGAGGCAAGUUGA